AUGUCGUCAACCGGGUACAAUGCUAUUCCCUUCUACCUCCAUGCUGAGCUCCUCCCCAACAUCCGACACAUCACCCUCUACGUCUCCAUUCCGGCCAGCAUCCCCGCAGAACAAGCCCACCCCCAGAUCUCGCUAUCAUCCUCCCGCAAAGCUGUCACCGUCUCCGUUUCUGUCCCGGGGACAUCGGACGAUGUAACAGACACGCUGAAGCUUCCCGCCCGCGUCGUCGAGGCGUCGCGACGCGUGCUAGCGGCCGGGACAGACGCGCCGAACAACGGGCGGGUUGAGCAUGGGAUGCGGGAGUACUCGUUCCGGAUGCAGGUCGAGAGCGAGGAUGAUGGGCUGUCUAGACCGUCGCAGGUCGAAUGUCUGGAUGGGUUCGUGCCGUGGACGGCGAGAGAUAUGGGCCCGCGGACGAGAGUGCGGUGUCGUGGGUGCCCCAGUGUCUUUCUAGAGCCGUCUCUGUCUCUGUCUCCUAGUGAGGUUGAGAAGGGACGUGACUUGGCCGGCUGGGUGUGGAAGGAUCUGCCUAGUGGGAACUGGGCGGAGAUGAUGGAUUUCUGGCACUGCCAUAAACCAGACACGCAUCCUUCGGACCGGGAUACUAAUGAUGCGGAGAAGCAGACCGAUGUUAAAGGAUAUGGCGCGGCGAAUCAGGUUUUUGCGUCGGAGGGUACGGUCCUAGUGGACGUGGCGACGUUUUUGGUCGCGCAGGCGGAUUGUAGAGGACUGAGAAAGGCCGAACUGGAGAAAACCGACGGGGAUUCUAAACCAGAGCCCGAGACAAUCGUAUGCGAAAACUGCAGCGCGCUGAUCGGCGUCGAAGACACAGUCUCUCAAGGAUGGAGACUCUUCAAAACAAACAUAUCAGCCAGCAAACGAGACCCAGACAACCCAAACGGCAUGGUCUGGGAGACCCAAUCCGUGGAAACGGUAGUCGCUGCCCAGCUCCUGGAGCUGAUCGAACGGGAAAGUGCUCGUCGGUUCGUCGUCCACUGUGGACAGAAGGAUGGGCUUUUGCUUUGGGUCUUCAACCCCGACCUGCGCUAUUCCAACUCCAGCCCCAACCACAGUAUAGCUGCACGGCAGGGUAUGAAAGUCUUCUUCCAGUCUGUUGAUGACGUCGACGCAGUACUGCAUCCCGCGCACGGCAAGAUCUCGUCGCUGUCCCUGGAGGAACUGCGACUACCCUCAGGCGUGUUCUUAGCCAUGACCAAAGCGCUGCUCGGCAGUAACAGCAUGCUCCCAGGAUCAGGGCGGAUCUUUCGCGAGUGGCAGGUGGGGAUCUUGAACCGGUAUGACCGGGCAAAGUAA